AAACCGGCAUUGCAAACGGCUCCAUCACGUCUGUCCUGUGGCACGGAUUGUAAUGAAGAGCCCUUCGAAGUACAAUGCAUCCCAACAGCCGAUGUGGUGAAUCAGUGGGAAAAUCUCAACAUUAUAAAACAACAAGGCUGGGUUUUGGCAAGAACUUUUCUCGUAGAAAAGGUUAUGAACGAUCCCGAUCUGGCCCGAUACUUUAGUUUCGACCCCGUCAAACCGGUGAGUUCUUGA